UCACUGAUGCUCACUCAGAUGUCAGAAGUUGAUGGUUGGUGUGCUGUAUAUUGAUGUUAAGUUAAAAAACCGUUAAAAAAAGAGCCGCCAGAAAAGUCAGUGAGAAAGUCUCCUCAUCGACUGACACCCCUUGUUCUGAAGUCAGGAUCCGGAAAACUCACACAAUGAGCCGUCCACAGGUCUACAUGGAAGCUUCCCAACAACAAGCGGCAUCAAAUGGAGGGUCAAAGGUCACAUCAGAGAGAGUGGCCCUGCUGGUUCUCAGUGCUCUCCUGGCAGCUGCUGUCAUUGUUAUUUACCGUCUCUCUUUUGAAAACAUGCGACACAAGACAACUUUCCAGACACUGAGAGACGAGCAUGAAGCUGUAAAAAGAAAUCUCACAGGAAUACUCUCUGAAAUAGAAUCACACAAGAUGGUGCAUCCUAUUCACGGAAACAUUAGUGAGCCAUGUCUGAAAUGUGAAGAAGGCUGGGAGCAACAUGAAGGAAAGUGCUAUUAUUUCUCCACCAGUACUUCAGCCUGGGAAAAGAGCAGAGAUGAAUGUCGACAACAAGGAGGAGACCUGGUUAAGAUAGACAGCAGAGAUGAGCAGGAAUUCCUGGACCUGAAACUGAGAGAAAAAAUGAACCAAGAUGAGGACAAGUUCUGGAUCGGACUGACCGACUCAAAGCAAGAGAACACGUGGUUGUGGGCAGACGGCUCACCGCUGAACACGAGUUUGUCUUUUUGGAGCGGCAAUGAGCCAGACAACUGGAAAGGGGACAAUGCUGAUGGAGAGGACUGUGCGAGGAUGGGAGUGAAAGCAGGAGCUGCUUACCUGAAGGAAAUACUCUGAAAUAGAAUCGUACAAGAUGGUGCAUCCUCUUCAAGGAAACAUUAUUGGUCUUUUUGGAGAGGCAUUGAGCCGGACAACUGGACAGGGGAAGAUCCUGAUGGAGAAGACUGUGUGAGGAUGGGAGAGAAAGCAGCAGCAGCUGCUGACCUGAAGUGCCUCAGAGAUUAUUUGUGAGAAGCAAAACAAUUUGGGCGUCAGAUAAGUAUAUAUGCGUGAAGUCCAGUUCAACUUCUCUGCCUAUUUUACAAUCUGAUUGCAGGAACACAGCAGCAAUGCUAUUUUUAAUAAAGCUCAUUAAAACAAUAA